GAAUGCAGUGCUGGGGGCAUGCAGUGCAGGGGUGGGGCUGUUAUCUGCCGCUUUGGUGUGUGUGCACCAGUGUGGUCUGCUCCAGGAGAGGAACCGGCAGACUUCUUUCAGAGAAGCAGUGUUAGGAGAUAACUGAAAGGGGAAGUGGUUAUGGCGGGGUGCCUCUAAGGAGCCCCCUUUCCUGCCCAGGCCCAAGAGGUUCCUCUCAGCUCUCCCUGGCAAUGUUGCUCAGGCUGCUUGCUGGGACUGAGAGUAGACAAAGGGACUGGAGAGAAGCUGGGAACUCUGGAGGGGAUAAGACUUGGGUCAAGGGGGGAGGGUAUAGGGGUCUUUCGGGAUAGCAUUUGAAAUGUAAAUGAAGAAAAUAUCUAAUAAAAAAAAAAAGACUUGCUGGGCGUGGUGGCGCACACCUUUAAUCCCAGCACUCGGGAGGCAGAGGCAGGCGGAUUUCUGAGUUCGAGGCCAGCCUGGUCUUCAAAGUGAGUUCCAGGACAGCCAGGGCUAUACAGAUAAACCCCUGUCUUGAAAAAACAAAACAAAACAAAACAAAAGACUUGGGUCAAACUGAUGGCUUGGAACAAAAAAAGUCCCACUUCCACUGUGACUAGCUGAAUGACCAUAGACAAACAAACCAACAAAAAUUGGCUCCUUGGUGCUGUUGGCUCUCAUGGGGCCUGAUAACAUUCACCUCAUUACUGAUUGGAGGCUGCCUUGGGGUAAUAUCUGUAAGGGCUUCAGGCAUCCUGUAGGGUGCCAAGGUGUCUUCCACUCCUUGCUGCAGGGGACUCUCAUCUUCCACAGUGGGAAGACUUUUUUUUUUUAAAGAUUAAUUUAUUAUUACAUGUAACUACACUGUAGCUGUCUUCAGACACAUCAGAAGAGGGUGUCAGAUCUCAUUAUGGGUGGUUGUGAGUCACCAUGUGGUUGCUGGGAUUUGAACUCAGGACCUUCAGGAGAGCAGUCAGUGCCCUUAACUGCUGAUCCACCUCUCCAGCCCAGUGGAAAGACUUCUACCACUGAUGGUGCAGAGCCUUAUUCAAGAUGGGACAACUGUGCAGUAACUGUCCCUGGUGCUGGGUUGUACGGAUCCUGCAACUGAACCAAUCUCAAGGGGCAUUAUGCUGCAUCUGAGACCACUGCCCACAUGUAUGGCAUUGACUGGACCUCAGAAAAAGGCAUGGGUCACCCCUACUGUGGGAUUACACAUAAUGCUUUGCUAGAGCACUCGAUUGUCGGUAUCGUCACUCCUUACAGCUUCCAUCCCUUGGCCACCUCACUGCCAACUGCCUCUGCUUGCAGGGCCACUUUGUAACACUUUACAAAUCUUUUCUUACUCAGGAGAAAACCUAUAGAAAACAGGGCAGGGACACAAGCUUCAGUUCCAUUCAAGGAAGAACUUCUAAUCAGGAAGACGAAUGGGUAGGACUUCUCCGGGCUUCAGAUCCUAGAAGGAUGCAAGAAAUGCUAGGGGGCAGUGAGGUGAGAGAUUCAACCACCCACUCGCAAUCCUCCUGGGCCCCCAAGCCCAAAGUGGAUGCAUCUGAGGACAGCUUUCUCUCACUCUUUGUUUGCUGUUUGGUUGGUUGGUUGAUUUUAUGAGACAGGGUUUCACUCAGCAGCCCUGGCUGUCCUGGAAACUCUGUAGACCAGGUUGGCCUUGAACUCAGAGAUUCACCUGCCUCUGCCUCCUGAGUGCUGGGCUUAAAGACAUGUGCCACCACCACUUGGUUCCCAUUUGUUUCUUGUAAGUGUGUUUUCUACCCAAACCUCUGUAAUGGGCCACAUUCUCCCUUUCUAUUGCUCGUCUAUCCCAUUGGUUCAAACCUAGGAAGAUAUAUUUUUUUCCUUCCAUGAGACAAGAAGGCUGUGAAACAGAGGCUUCCUACCGUUUGUUGAAAGGUCCAUUUGUCCAAAGCCCCAACAUAUUAUUUUUAUAAAGUUUUAGUUUUAUUUCAUGUGCAUCUUUUGCCUGUAAUUAUAUAUGUGCACCAUGUAUGUGCUGGGCGCCUAUGCAGGUCAGGAGAGUGCCAGGACUCCCCUGGGCCUACAGUUACAGAUGAUGGUGAGCCACCAUGUGGGUGCUGGGAACCAAACCAGGGCCCUCUGAAAGAGCAGCAAGUGGUCUUUACAGCUGUGCUGUCUCUCAUGCCCAAGCCCUACCAUAAUAAACGAUUAUGAAACAUGGCCCUAACCUCAGAGUCUCAAAGUCUCAUUUCUAAGUUCAGGGCCCUCUAAGGUUUAUAGCAACUUAGAUUCAUACUAUGAUGUUAAAGCUUCUUGGUGAAUUUGAAGCCGGGAUAACCUUGUAACCCAAAAAGCGGAGACUUCUGGAGUUCCUUCAAAGGGUAGAUAGGAAGUUUACCGUAGAAGUGCUUUUCAGCUCCAUGGUCAAGUUUCGGGUGGACCAAUAAGGUCCACAAGGUUUCACUGCAAGAGAGGCUCUGAGGAAAGCGCUUGUCAACAUUCUGACCCCUACCAGCAGGAACAUUACAUGUGCCGCCUACACAAUGUUUUGCUCCCCCGUCCUUCCCCCGCCCAGUGUCCAUUCAUUUACCAGGUCCCUGCAGGGCGGGGCUGUCCUGUUUCCUAUCCCUGGGCUGGGCACACGUCUUACGAGCGCUUGCAGUAAGCAGUCAACAGUGUUUGGCCCGAAUAGGGGCACAGGCUGUUCCGGAAGUGGACAGUGUCAGAGGUUCUAGCCGGAGAGGAGGGAGGGAGAGCCGCUGGGGAGCCUCAUUGCCCCAGGGCCGAGGGUGGAGCCUUUCCCAGUCGGGAAAGGGCUGGGCCCAGCCUACAUGUGAGGGCAGGACAGAGUGACUGCCAGCGCUCCCUUGAGAAGUCUGGGUGUAGCACGCUGCCGGUUGACUUCCCAGGACUCUUCUGUGACCUGUGAGCCGAGGAUUACUGGGUACCCCAGAUUCCCAGAACCCAGUCCUGGAUUGCAGAUCUGUAAGGACCGUGAAAGAUUGAGCAAAGAAGUCUUUCUGGACUUAAGAGUUCCGGAACAGGACGUCCAGCCCAUCUCCGGAUCCCGACUGGAUCCACACCUUCAGCCUCGUGCCCUGUCCCGGGUUCCCCGCGCCCGGGGCCCCGCGCUUGAGCGCCCCCGCAUGGCGGGGCCAUGUCCUGGGGCCGGGGUUCUAGAACGGGCGGGCAGCUGCUGGCAGGACCCGCUGGCGGAGGCGCUGAGCCGGGGCCGCUCGUCUCCUGCGGUCACGGGUCGGGGCUGCGCGCGGAGCCGGCCUCUCAGUGUGGUCUACGUGCUGACCCGGGAGCCGGGGCUCGGGGUGGAGCCCGGGUCGGGAACCGAGGCAGAGCCGCUGCCGUUGCGAUGCCUGCGCGAGGCCUGCGCUCAGCUCCAGGGCACACGGCCACCCCCGCAGCUACGCAGCCUACCCUUUGCGACGCUGGCGCUAGGCGACACCGCUGCGCUGGACUCCUUCUACAACGCGGAUGUAGUGGUGCUGGAGGUGAGCAGCUCCCUGGCACAGCCUUCCUUGUUCUACCACCUCGGCGUGCGUGAGAGCUUCAGCAUGACCAACAACGUGCUCCUCUGUUCCCAGGCAGAGCUCCCUGAUCUGCAGGCCCUUCGUGAUUGUGUUGGCAGCUACACACUGAUUCCUUAUGUGGUGACAGCCACUGGCCGGGUCUUAUGUGGCGAUGCAGGCCUCCUGAGGGGCAUAGCCGAUGGGCUAGUACAGGCUGGGGCGGGCACUGAAGCCCUCCUCACUCCCCUGGUGGGCCGGCUUGUCCGUCUGUUGGAGGCUACACCCACAGACUCUUGCGGCUAUUUCCGGGAGACCAUUCGUCAGGAUAUCCGGCAGGCUCGGGAGCGAUUCAGUGGGCAGCAGCUGAGGCAGGAGCUGGCUCGCCUGCAGCGGAGGCUGGACAGCGUGGAGCUGCUGAGCCCUGACAUUGUCAUGAAUCUGCUGCUAUCGUACCGUGAUGUCCAGGACUACUCGGCCAUCAUUGAGCUGGUGGAGACGCUGCAGGCUUUGCCCACCUGUGAUGUGGCUGAACAGCACAAUGUCUGCUUUCACUACACAUUUGCCCUCAACAGGAGGAACAGGCCUGGGGACCGGGAGAAAGCCCUGGCUGUCCUGCUGCCAUUGGUGAAGUAUGAAGGUCCCGUGGCUCCGGAUCUGUACUGCAUGUGUGGUCGUAUCUACAAGGACAUGUUCUUCACUUCUGGCUUCCAAAAUGCCGGCCACCUGGAGCAGGCCUAUCACUGGUACCGCAAGGCGUUUGAUGUGGAGCCCAGCCUGCACUCAGGCAUCAAUGCAGCUGUUCUCCUCAUUGCAGCUGGGCAGCAUUUCGAAGACUCUGAGGAGCUCCGGCUGAUUGGCAUGAAGCUGGCCUGCCUGCUAGCCCGCAAAGGCUGUGUGGAGAAGAUGCAGUACUACUGGGAUGUGGGAUUCUACCUGGGAGCCCAGAUUCUUGCCAACGACCCCAUCCAGGUGGUGCUGGCUGCAGAGCAACUGUACAAGCUUAAUGCCCCCAUUUGGUACUUGGUCUCCGUGAUGGAGACCUUCCUACUGUACCAGCAUUUCAGACCCACACCAGAGCCCUCAGGAGGACCCCCGCUGCGAGCUCACUUCUGGCUCCACUUCCUGCUACAAUCUUGCCAGCCUUUCAAGAUGGCUCCUCCUCAGGAGGACCAGUGCCUGGUACUGGUGCUGGAGAUAAACAAGGUCCUGCUGCCUGCCAGGCUUGAGAUUCAGGGAACAGACCCCGUGAGCACAGUGACCCUAAGCUUGCUGGACCCAGAGACUCAGGAGGAUCCUUCCAGCUGGACCUUCCCAGUCACCUCCAUCUGUGGGAUCAGCACCUCCAAGCUGGACCAGCGCUGCUGCUUCCUGUACGCACUUCCUCCGGCCCAGGACGUCCAGCUGUGCUUUCCCAGUGUGGAGCGCUGCCAGCGGUUCUGUGGCCUAAUUCAGGUCUUGGUGAUGAAUCCGGAUUCCUCCGCGCCCACUGAGGAGGCAGAAGGCGCAAGGGAGGUGCUGGAGUUUGAUUAUGAAUACUCGGAGACUGGUGAGCGGCUGGUGUUGGGCAGAGGCACGUAUGGGGUGGUGUAUGCUGGCCGAGACAGGCACACGAGGGUACGAAUCGCCAUCAAGGAGAUCCCAGAGAGAGAUAGCAGAUUCUCUCAGCCUCUGCAUGAAGAGAUCGCUCUUCACAAACGACUUCGUCAUAAGAAUAUUGUGCGUUAUCUGGGCUCAGCCAGCCAGGGCGGCUACCUCAAGAUCUUCAUGGAGGAAGUGCCUGGAGGCAGCCUGUCCUCCUUGCUUAGGUCAGUGUGGGGACCCCUAAAGGACAACGAGAGCACUAUUAGCUUCUAUACACGUCAGAUCCUACAAGGACUCAGCUACCUCCAUGAGAACCGUAUCGUUCACAGAGACAUCAAGGGAGACAAUGUUCUGAUCAACACCUUCAGUGGGCUGCUCAAGAUUUCUGACUUUGGCACCUCUAAGCGGCUGGCAGGCAUCACACCGUGCACGGAGACUUUCACAGGGACUCUGCAGUAUAUGGCCCCGGAAAUCAUCGACCAGGGCCCGCGAGGAUAUGGGAAGGCAGCUGACAUCUGGUCUCUGGGCUGCACUGUAAUCGAGAUGGCAACAGGUCGACCGCCCUUCCAUGAACUAGGGAGCCCUCAGGCUGCGAUGUUUCAGGUGGGCAUGUACAAGGUACAUCCACCCGUGCCCGGUUCCCUGUCAGCUGAGGCCCAAGCCUUCCUCCUCCGAACUUUUGAGCCAGAUCCCCGCCUCCGAGCCAGUGCCCAAGAGCUGCUGGGAGACCCCUUCCUUCAGCCAGGAAAGAGGAGCCGCAGCCCGGGCUCUCCUCGGCAUACUCCCCGGCCCUCAGGCGCCCCUUCCGGUCCUUCCAGUCCUUCAGCUGACUCAGCCACACAGUCUCAGACAUUCCCAAGGCCCCAGGCACCCUCUCAGCACCCACCCAGCCCCCCAAAGCGCUGCCUUAGUUAUGGGGACACCAGUCAGCUCCGUGUGCCCGAGGAGCCCGCUGCCGAGGAACCCGCGUCCCCAGAAGAGAGUUCAGGCCUGAGUCUGCUGCACCAGGAGAGCAAGCGCCGGGCCAUGCUGGCUGCGGUGCUGGAACAGGAGGUGCCCACACUAGCAGAGAAUCUCCUGGAACAGGAACAGGACUCUCGACUCAGCAAGAUUCAUGUGGAACUUCUGCUUCGGUGCCUUGGGGCACAAAUCCACACUCCUAACCGCCGGCAGCUGGCCCAGGAGCUGCGGACCCUGCAAGCUCAGCUGCGGGCCCAGAGCCUGGGCCCUGCGCUUUUGAAGGGGCCGCUCUUCGCCUUUCCAGACGCGGUGAAGCAGAUCCUCCGCAGACGCCAGAUCCGCCCACACUGGAUGUUCGUGUUGGACUCGCUGCUCAGCCGUGCAGUCCGGGCGGCGAUGGCGGUGCUGGACGCGGAGUCGGAGAAGAAAGCGGUCUUACCGAGGUCAGAAGAGUCGAGUAAAGAGGAGUCCCAGCAGAAACCUCAGGAGAGCCAGGCGCUGCAGAGCCAGCUCCCACCAGAGCAGGGACCCCCAUCGUUGAUGGUGGAGUUGGGCCUUUUGCGAGCCGAGACUGACAGGCUUCGGGACCUUCUGGCUGAGAAGGAACGUGAGUGCCAGGCGCUGGUGCAACAGGCCCUGCAUCGGGUGCAUGCAGAGACCAGGAAGUAUGCCCCAGCUUCAGAGACCCCAGCCACUCUCCCAAAGGACCAGAACCUGGUGCGGUGGCUACAGGAACUGAGUGUAGAUCCAGCCACUAUCCAAACGCUCCUGAGUCAUAGCUUCACCCUUCAAACCCUGCUCACCUGUGCCACUCAAGAUGAUCUAGUGUACACCAGAAUCAGGGGAGGGAUGGUAUGCCGGAUUUGGAGAGCCAUCUUGGCACAGCGAGCAGGAGCCACAUCGGUCACCCCAGUACCCCGGGACGCUGAGUGAUGACAUCAAAGGACACAGAUACGGAUGGAUGAACAGAGAAGACACAAACAGCUUUGGACACACCUGUCCUAGAACCCAGGAGCAACUACAGGGACCAGGCCCAACCCCAAUGGGUGGAACUAACUAGGGAGGCACCCAAAGGACACUACAUACAAUCAUAAACUAUUAAACAGAACACUUGCUACCA